AUAUGCCAGAAAAUAUUCAAAACAAAUUGAACAUAUCCCAAAUAGCUGACAAGUUGCUGAAAGAUGCUUCUGUUCGAUUCUCGAAAUGUGAAGUCGAGAAUCUUCUGAAGUUGUUUUCGAAGUGUUCUCGUGAUGCAGAGAAAAUGGAUAGAAUGCGGUUUAGGGAUGUUCUUCACAACAUGUUUGAGAUGACCGAUGACAUGCUAAUGGAUCGAACGUUUAAGGCAUUUGAUCGAGACAAUGACUCACUGAUCAGCAAAGAAGAGUGGGUGAAAGGGAUGUCCAUCUACCUCAAGGGAUCUCUGGAGGAGCAAGCUAAGUUCUGUUUCGACGUGUACUCCAUGUCAGCUGUGAAUGCUACCGAGAGUGUAAUCAGCAGAGAGGACAUCCACUCUAUGCUGAAGCACUGUCUGGUCAAACAACCCACCGAGGAGGAUCCGGACGAGGGCGUAAAGGAUUUGGUGGACCUCAUGCUCAAAAAGAUGGACUUUGACAAGGACGGUAGGCUGUCUUACGAGGAGUACAGGAGAUCAGUGGUGGAAGACCCUCUGCUAUUGGAGGCAUUCGGUCCUUGCCUCCCCUGCCCAAAGACGCGUCUGGUGUUCCUGCGCUCAAUUGAAGACCCGAAGAUGAAGAAGAACAACGGCAACAGUGGCGAAGUGGUGGCAGCAGCAGCCGAAUCCAAACUGAGACCAGUGCCAUGAAAGUCUCAACUGCGGACUUGGGCUCCUAAUCGUUAAGCACAGAAUAACUGCAUUAUUCACAAAUCAUGUUGUUGUUUACAGAGUUGCUUUCAUCGCGUUCAUCACAAUCGCUUCUGUUAACCUCAAAAAGAAUCGG